ACCCAGCGCUGUCGCUAGGUGACAACAGCGCUACAUCAGGAAAUUAUACGACUCGCAGUGUCCAAACAUUUUAUUUUAUUAUUUUUAAACAUUUCUUGGGUUACAAACUGAUUCACAAUUGUAUAGAAUUAGCUACUGGUUGCCAAUUUUUAUUCAAGCUACAUUGUGUAGAUAGCUAGUCGUAGCUUAGUAAUGUUAUGAGGGUCGAUGUUACGGCCUGACAUUAUUAUUGGGUUGAGUCGUGGUUUCAGACGAGAGGGACACACACACACAUAUAUAUAUAUAUAUAUAUAUAUAUAUUGUUGUCCAAAUUGAAAUUGAAGGACCCAAAUUAGGUAGCUAUUGUGCUAACCCAGGGGCUAACUUAACAAUGCCAGAAGCGAACUGGCUACCAACUAGCUAGCCAAGCGAACGUACAGUAAAUUACCUAGUUAAUGUACUCCGAUAUUUAGCUACGCUAACUGUUAGCUAGCUAAGGGUUAACCAGAGUACCGUUAGAUAACUAAUGUUAGCUAGCUAACAGUUAGCUGGAUACUUGGUCUCAGGUUGCAAGUACAUUUCUAUUGAGCUACAUUAACGUGAGUUACCCAGAUCAAGGUAACGUUAGUUAUAGUUAGUUUGCUAGUCUAGUCAAACUGCAGUCACACAGGCUACACGUUAGCUGCUAGGUACAUUAAAAAAUAUAUAUUUUCGGGAACGACAACUUCAUUCAGGGGUCUGUCAUUGUUUGCCUUUCUAUCUGGGAUUUCACCGAUUUGCUUCCAUCUGUUAAACUGAGGAUUCACAAAACCUGGUGGCUGGUGAAGGUGUGACAUCCUCGCCCAGUGCUAUUCAUCGAGGAGCUGAGAUCUAAUUGAUCUGUUUGGUUGCGGCCGACGGGCUGGCUCCUCCCCCUCCCGGCAGCAGCGUGCGCCCCCCAGCCCGCGCCCUGCGCCCCCCAGCCCGCGCCCCUGCCACCCCCACCAGGUCCUCUAACGCCAUGUGCCUCUCCCACACCAUGGAAGGAGCAUCAGGGAAGAACGGAGCGAGCCAGGCAGGGCGGUGUGGAGGGGUGCCUCUAGAACCCUUCGUACACCAGGUGGGAGGACACACCAGUAUGAUGCGCUACGACGACCACACGGUGUGUAAACCACUCAUCACCCGGGAGCAGCGCUUCUACGAGUCGCUGCCGCCUGAGAUGAAGGAGUUCACAGCAGAGUACAAAGGGAUGGUGUUGGUAUGUUUUGAGGGGGACAUAGAUGGCUACAUCAACCUGGUGGCGUACCCGUACGUGGAGAGUGAGGGCCUGGACCACGAGGACCUCCCGGAGAGGGACCAACCCCGGAGGAAACACUCCCGACGGAGCCUCCUCCGCUCCACCUCUGAGAUCAAAGAGGAGAGGCUACCACACGAGAGUGACAUCACUGAGAAUCUCCAGGAGCUGAAGAGUCCUCGUCUAGAGCUCCAGAUCUACAGUGAUAUUCCCUUCCAGAUGCUGGAUAACAACAGCGGCCUGGGCUCAGAGAAGAUCAGCCACAACCCCUGGAGCCUCCGCUGUCACAGGCAGCAACUCAGCCGCAUGAGAUCAGAGUCCAAGGACAGGAAGCUCUACAAGUUCCUGCUCCUGGAAAACGUGGUCCAUCACUUCAGCUACCCUUGCAUCCUGGACCUGAAAAUGGGCACGCGGCAGCACGGGGAUGAUGCCUCGGAGGAGAAGGCAGCCAGGCAGAUGAAGAAGUGUGAACAGAGCACCUCCGCCACGCUGGGGGUGCGAGUCUGUGGAAUGCAGGUGUACCAGAUGGAUACGGGCCACUAUCUGUGCAGGAACAAGUACUAUGGCCGCAGCCUGUCCAUCGAGGGAUUCCGCCACGCUCUCCACCAAUACCUGCACAACGGGGCGUCGCUCAGGAAGGACCUGUUUGAACCCAUGCUGUGUAAACUACGCAGCCUGAAGGCCAUUCUGGAGAAACAGACCACCUACCGCUUCUAUUCCUCCUCCCUGCUCAUCAUCUAUGAGGGGAAGGAGCCUGAGCUGGCCCAUAACCCCUCCAGCUCCCCCAGGCUCUCCUACCACCACCACACUGCCCCCCCACCCCUCCACAGCCACAGCAGCCUCCCUCGGACCCUCACGGCCCCCUCGUCCUCCACCCCGCCCCCUCGUCCUCCACCCCGCCCCUCCAGCCCCAGCAUCAGUGUGGACGUCCGCAUGAUAGACUUUGCCCACAGCACCUUCAGAGGUUUCCGUGACGACCAGACGGUGCACGACGGGCCGGACCGAGGCUACGUGUUUGGAUUGGAGAGCCUCAUCAAGAUCCUGGAGGGCAUAAGGGAGGAGAACCUGUAGAGGUAGAACCUGGGACUGACACAUAGGAUGUGUCUCAAAUGGUAUCCCCCAUUCCCUUUAUAGUGCACUACUUUUGACCAGGGCCUACAGGGCUAUUUGACCAGGGCUCUUUGACCAGGGCCCACAGGGCUCUUUGACCAGGGCCCACAGGGC